AUGGAUAAGUAUGGGCUCAAAGCUCUGUUACCACUUAUAAGACGUGAAGAUCAAAGCACAGAGUAUGACCCGUCUAUGACGCUGGGAAUCGACCUUACUUCCGUACUUCACUCGUUAGGCAUACAGGGCAACCAGCAAGGAAGACAAAGAGUUCUGGACACAUUUCAGUCGCCCUGGGUAGAAACGUCGCGUAGCGAAGUGGAACCCCGUUUCUUCGUGCCGGAAUCGUUCACAAAUAUCCCAAACGUGCUGCAAUCUGGGGCCCAAGAUCCAGUUUUCAAUUCCGUCCAGCAGGAUCAUGCCAAAAUCUCGUUAUUCCAAGACGAGACCCUUUUCUACCUUUUCUACAAGCACCCAGGAAGCGUCGUACAGGAACUGACAUACUUGGAGCUUCGCAAGCGGAAUUGGAGAUACCACAAGACUCUAAAAGUCUGGCUCACAAAGGAUCCAAUGAUGGAACCUGCAGUGGCACCAGGAGGAGCAUCUGAGAGAGGUUCAUACGUUUUUUUCGACCCACAGCGCUGGGAAAAGUGCCAGCGCGAUUUCGUGCUUUUCUACAACGCAAUAAUGUAA